ACCUCACCUCACCUCAGCUCCCACUCGAAAGGGGAAAAAAAAAACUCGAUUCGGCUGCGAACCUCUCCUCCUUCCUAGUUCCUCCUCCGACGACGACGACGAAGAAGGGCCGAUGCGUCGAUUGGAUUGGUGAUCCAUCCUAAUUUAGGGUUGUUUUCUUUCGUUGGUAAGGGACCCUAACUUGUUCUGGGCGAUAGAUCUCUUACCUGCUGCUUUCUGAGCUACAAGAUCCACUUUUUUUGGGUGAACACCCAUGCCCAACGGUAAGUACGGCCCUGCCGUCCCCGCCGCCGCGGCGGACGGCGCCGAGGGCCCCCUCGAGGCGGAGGUGCUGCCCUCGGCCGAGACCGUCUCCGCCUUCCCUGCCGCCAAACGCCGCGUGGUGAACCGCCCGCACCCGUCCGUCCUCGCGGCCGAGCGGCCUGCGUGUUCCGCCGUGGCGCCGCCGGCGCUAGAGAACAUCUCGCACGGGCAGCUGCAGGUGCUCUCCGGGGUGCUUCCGGAUCACCCCUCCCUGACUACGGACCCCGACGGGCCGUCCUUGUACGUGUGCACACCUCCGCCCCUAAUGGAGGGGCACGGCGUGCCCAAGCAGUUCCAUGGCCGACUCCAUGUCGUGCCCAAGCACUCAGAUUGGUUUACCCCGGGGACGGUGCAUAGGCUGGAAAGGCAGGUAGUUCCGCACUUCUUCACCGGGAAAUCUCCGGGGCACACUCCGGAGAAGUAUGUUCUGUUAAGGAAUAAAGUUAUCGCGAAAUACUUGGAGAACCCAGGAAAGAGGCUUGCUUUUGCUGAGUGCCAGGGGCUUGUUGGGAGCACAGGCGAACUGUAUGACCUGAGUAGGAUUGUUAGAUUCUUGGACGCUUGGGGGAUCAUCAAUUACCUUGCGGCUGGAUCAGUGCACCGCGGCCUGAGGAUGGCAACAUCGCUUCUAAGGGAGGAACCAACAGGGGAAUUGCAACUGCUUACUGCGCCAUUGAAAUCAAUUGAUGGUCUAAUUUUGUUUGACCGGCCAAAAUGUAGCCUUCAAGCAGAGGACAUUUCUUCAAUGGUGUCAUCCUCAUCGAAUUCGGAGCUUGUGGAUUUCGAUGCUGCGUUUGCAGACUUGGAUGGAAAGAUUAGGGAGCGUUUGUCAGAGAGCUCUUGCAGUUAUUGCUUACAGCCGUUGCCAAGUUUGCAUUACCAGUCUCAAAAUGAGGCAGAUAUUGCUCUGUGUUCUGAUUGCUUCCAUGAUGCGAGAUAUAUUGCCGGGCAUUCUAGCUUAGAUUUCCAGAGAGUGGAUGGGGAUAAUGAUGGAUCAGAAAAUGAUAGUGAUAGAUGGACUGAUGAAGAAACAUUAUUGCUGUUGGAGGGCAUUGAGAAGUACAAUAACAACUGGGAUGACAUUGCAGGGCACGUUGGAACAAAAUCAAAGGCACAGUGUAUUUACCAUUUUAUUCGGCUUCCAGUGGAGGAUGGUUUGUUAGAGAAUGUUGAGAUACCAGCUCCCAUGCCAUUUAGAGAACAGAGCAAUGGAUAUCCACAUUCAAAUUCCAAUGGCAGCGCUUCAGGAAAUCCACUUCAAAGUUUUCAACAUGGAAACCAGCUUCCGUUCAUUAAUUCUUCUAAUCCGGUCAUGUCGGUGGUUGCUUUUUUGGCCUCUGCAAUAGGACCAAGAGUUGCAGCAUCAUGCGCACAUGAAGCAUUAUCUUUUCUGACGAGAGAUGAUGAUUCCAGGGUGAGUUCAGAAGGCAUACAUGCUGAUGGUAGGGCCAAUGGUGCAAAUCCAAAUUUUCACAAUCAUAAUGGUGCUUCGUCAUCCGUUUCUCCAGAAAAUGUGAAACAAGCUGCCUUGUGUGGUCUGUCGGCAGCAGCAAUGAAGUCUAAACUCUUUGCGGAUCAAGAGGAGCGUGAAGUUCAAAGACUGGCUGCUACCGUAAUAAAUCAUCAGUUGAAGAGGUUGGAGUUGAAGUUGAAGCAGUUUGCGGAAGUUGAGACCUUGCUUUUGAAGGAAUGUGAGCAAGUGGAAAGGGUUAGACAGAGGAUUUCAGCUGACCGCGUCCGAAUGAGAUCAGCCCUGUUAGGUGCCACCGGAAGCAGUCUACCUGGAGGCAGUAGCACCAUGCCAUCCAACCCAGCAAGCAUAAACCCCAGACCAGUGGCUGUGCCAGGCUCUAUGCCUCAGGCUAGCAUGUCAGCCGCAUACACCAAUAGCAUGCAGGGGCAGGGGCAGGGGCAUCCUCAGAUGCCGUUUUUGCAUCAGCGGCAGCAGAUGCUCUCGUUGGGUCCUCGCCUGCCGCUCUCAGCCAUCCAGACUCAACCAUCCGCGCAGGCAUCAAACAUCUUCAACUCUGGCACGCCCAGUUCGGUUGCUCCUAAUCACCAUCAGUUGCUAAGAUCGUCAUCUGGAAACAAUUCAAGUGUAGGAUAGGGGGAAAAGGAAACUCAUAAUGUUUCAUUCUUAGUUUCGUCAGCUGUAGCUUUGUAUGAUUUAUUAUAAAUAUCACUGUAAUUCCUUUAUACGAUGUCUUGUGCUGGUCGUAUAAGCAUUUAUUUAUCAGGUUCCCAUCUCGUCUUCA